CUGUUUCACCCGAUUUCUUCCACGCUGAUCGAGUAGAAGAGAACGCGAGUUGAUGCAGGAAGCAACCAGAGUGGGAAAACAGGAGAAACUAGCCUGAAGACAACAAGCAAAAGUCAAAUUUUAUCAUUAUGGCUGACACUGAUAAAAGCCAAUUGAUUGGCAGCCGUGAAGAGCGCGAUGCUGUUGGAGAACGAGCGACUGAGUUGUGUCCAUUGAAAAUCGAUCUUUCAGGACCUGGAUUUCAAAACCUUACGGAAGAAAGCGUCCCUACCUCACAUGGAAAAGUUCAUGUUGCAAUUCAGGGAGAUCGUAUUCAUAAAUCUACCAUCAUAACACUUCACGAUAUAGGCCUUGAUUACAUAACCUGCUUUCAGUCAUUUUUCUGCUUCCACCAAGUUCAGCCUUUGCUCAAGCACUUUUGUGUCUUUCAUGUAAAUUUCCCAGGUCAAGAAGAGGACGCAGCCCCUUUCGACGAAAACUAUGUUUACCCUACCAUGGAUCAAAUGGCAGACGUGAUUAAAGACAUAAUCGAUUACUAUAAAAUCAACUGCUGCGUAUGCCUUGGUGUUGGUGCUGGUGCAAAUGUGUUUUUGAGGUUUGGUAUGAAGUAUCCCGACCCAGUCGAAGGCAUCGUCCUGGUUAACGGGACUUGCAACGCCUCGACAUGGACAGAAUGGGGAUACCAGAAGUUGUCAUCCCAUUACUUGAAAGGAAAGGGCAUGACCAAAUUUACAGAAGAUUACUUGCUUUGGCACUAUUUUGGAAAAACAGAUGAGACACAGCAUUCCGAUUUGAUGACAGUGGUCAGAGACCAUCUUCAUCGCAUAAAGAACACCAGAAAUUUGGCAUUGCUCAUUGAUUCAUUUGUGAAACGAAACAGUAUCAAUAUACAUCGACAGACAGGAUCCCAAGCAAAGGCAGUUCACCCAAAUGCUCUUUUGCUUUGUGGCAGUCAUUCUCCCUUUCUUGACGAAACUGUAGAUCUCAACUCAAGGCUAGACCCAAGAAUUUCCACUUGGAUGAAAAUCUCAGAUGCAACUGGCAUGGUCUUAGAUGAGAAGCCAACUGUUGUUGUCAAUGCACUUAUUUUGUUUUUGCAAGGACUUGGUCAUGGUGCAAAUUUGAGGCCUCCAUCUUUGUCUAUUGGAAGUGAACCAGAUACUGAUGUCUCAAGCACUCUAUCAUAAGAGGCAUUGCUGAGACAGUGUCAACAGAAGUCAACUCAGGAGGAAGACAGUGAAUAAUGCACUUUCACUAUGAGAUUGCACAAGAGACAAUUAAUCAAUAAAUUAUUUGCUGCUCCAAUGUACAUAUGAUUGGAUAUUUAAUUAUGAAUAUUUAACACUUGCACAACAAAAUAGAUUUUAGCUGUUGCUGAAAUAAUUUGAUAAAAAACUAUGCUGUCAACCAAAAAUGUUAAGGCUAUUAUUGUAUGUUGCUGUUUAAGUUGCUGAACACUUUAGGUAUUUAUUUUCAAAACACGUAAAUACUGUCAGAAUAUGAGUGAUGUGUUUUUUGGAUGGUGUGCUGAUAA